AUGGCGGCGUGCUGGUUAAAGCAUGGCCGUGUCGUUACAAUUUUUCUUGUUUUUUCUCUUAUGUUUAAUGAUGUAUAUCAAAACACAUUAAACCUUCAAGAUAACAACGCCGGGAUAAGCCUGGAAGGUUUUGUGGUUGCUGGAAAGUUAUCUUCUCCUUCUGUGGCCAUUCCCGAAGUUAAAACUCGAAGAAAUUCUAUCGCCAUCGCUUCGCGGCCUUUGAUUCCCGCAAGUCGAAAGUUAAUGAUGGGAGUGUACGUAUUGAAGAUUGCCUUAUCGACAAAUAUUCUGCUCCUGAGUGGUGAUAUUGCUUUGAACCCGGGACCUGUGAACUCGAAUGUAACUUUCUCGAGUAACGAAUCUAUGAUGCCGGGCUCGGGAAUUUCUGAUAGCGAGAGGGACUAUUCUAUGGAGUACUUUAAUCUUGGAUUGGGCGAUAAAGGUUUGCGUAUUUAACACUGGAAUGUCAAUUACUUGACAACAGAAAAAUUCGAACAGAUAAAGCUAUAUUUACUCGGUAAGUCAAGCCCCGGCAAAUCGCAACUGGAUGUAUUAUUUCUAAGCGAAACAUUUCUUAAUCCAAGUGUGCCAGACUCAUUAUACACGGUAAAUGGUUUUUCUAUUUUCCGAAGAGAAAGGCUAUUGAAAGGUGGCGGAGGGAUUAUGGUUUUUAUAAGUAAUGACUUGACAGUGAAACGCAGAACUGAUCUAGAAAGUCAUGAUGCUGAAGCAAUUUGGCUUGAGGUUUAUCCAUUUAAAUCUAAAAGAUCGAUUAUCUUGGGGAGUAUUUAUCGACCACCAUCAUCUAAACAAGCCGACGAUAUAAAUAUAGAAGCGAAUAUUGAAAGGAUUCACUUGCUGAACAAAGAGAUUAUAAUCGUUUCUGAUAUUAACAUCGAUUACAGAAGUAAGUCAAGUUACGAAAAACAUGUGCUUGUAAAGGGACUUAAAAGUAUGCAUUUCAAACAACUUGUAGAUUUUAUUACACGCCCUGUCAGCAAGACAUGUCUUGAUCACUUAUACUGUAAUCAACCUCAAAAAAUUAAAUUGGUGACUAGUCACAAUAUUGGCCUCUCUGAUCAUUUGCCCGUUUUUGCUGUUCGAAAGUAUGCUCGUCAAAAUCCCAAGGGAGGAACCCACUCAAAAGGGUCUCGAAUUACAUACCGUGAUAUGAAGCGCCUUGAUGAAAAUCAGUUAAAAGAAACGCUGAAACAAGCCCCCUGGGACACUGCCUUUAGAAAUGAUGACAUUGAUGAUGUUGUUAAUGUUUGGGAACAAAUACUAAACUGCGCUAUUGAUUCCCAUUGUCCUUGGCGUGAAAAACACGUUAAACAAAAUACUCAAGCACCGUGGAUGACAAAAACAGUAAUUAAACAGCUCCAUAUUCGGGAUCACUUACUGAAGGUUGCAAGACGUACUCAUAAUUCGGAUGACUGGGCAAAUUACCGUGUGGCUGGAAAUAAAGCUGUCUCAAUUCUGAGGUCAGCCAAGCGAGAAUUCUAUAAUAACUCGUUCGAGGAAAAUAAGAAUAAUACAAGGGCCAUCUGGAAAUCAAUAAAAACUUUGACAGGUGCAAAAAACAAUACUAGGCAAAUUAAAAAUCUAAAAAUUGAUGGUUGUGAGGUGGAUGAUAAAACUGAAAUGGCAGAACAAUUCAACACCUAUUUUUCUACAGCUGCAAAAAAAAUAAGACGUCAUCUCUCCACUGUCCCAUUUGACCUGUUUAAAUUAGUCAAUUUUGUUAAAUCACGGAAAAAUGAUCAGGAAGUUAAUUUCUCUGUUCCAGUUAUAACUAUUUCUCAGGUCAUUAAGACCAUCAUGAAGAUUAAUCCUCACAAAGCUUCGGGAAUUGACAAAAUCAGUGCCCGUCUUUUACGUAUUGUUGCACCAGUUAUUGCUCCAAGUAUUACUCGAAUAAUCAAUAUGUCGCUCUCCACAGGCAAGUUUCCUUCGCGUUGA